AUGACCCCAUCGCCAAACCCCGAAGGGUUUCUGAGAAGAGACAUUAUAGGGAGAGGUAAUUUCGGAGUUGUGUACAAGGCGUACUCUCUGGAAACGCGGCAUGUGGUUGCCAUCAAAGAGCUGAACCUCGACACGGUUCACGACGAGGUUGAAGACGUUCAGCGAGAGAUUGCCAUGCUGUCUGAGCUCUCGAGGACGGCAAAUACGAACAUCACGCGGUAUUAUGGCUCUUAUUUAUUAGGCACGAAGCUGUGCAUUGUUAUGGAUCUAUGUGCAGGAGGGUCGAUGCGGACGUUGAUCAAGCCGGGGCCGCUCGAGGAUAAGCACUUGUCCAUCAUUUUGCGUGAGCUGCUGGUUGCAAUUAGCUAUAUUCACUCCAAGGGUAUUAUACAUCGGGAUAUCAAGGCGGCAAAUGUACUAAUUACGAGCGAGGGGUAUGUGAGACUCUGUGACUUUGGGGUCGCUGCAGAUACCUCGCUAAACUCCACAAAACGAAUGACCAUGGUUGGCACGCCGUACUGGAUGGCUCCAGAAGUGAUUGUUGAAGGCCAAAGCUAUACCAAUAAAGCUGACAUUUGGUCCCUAGGGAUCACAAUGUACGAAUUGGCUACUGGAAACCCUCCGUACAGCGACCACGAAGCCAUGAGGGCGAUGAUGUUGAUUGCAAAGUCACAGCCACCGCGCCUGGAAGGUUUGAGGUUCUCUGCCUUGAUCAAGGACGUCGUUGCUCAGUGUCUUGACGAAAACCCCGACUCGAGACCUAGUGCCGACGAGCUUUCCAAACACAAGUAUGUUAAGGCGUUUGCUAAAACAUCAGCAACCGUUUUGCACGCGCUAACGAUACGUUACGCUCGAUGGAAGGAGCAGAAUGCCAAUGCUCGAGACUCGUUAGUGUUGAUGAACGAGCAUGAGGCCAACCUGGAAGCUGAGAACGACGAUGGGCUCAAAUCAGACGGCGAGGAUACGGUUUGGGAUUUCAACGUCGAUGAGGAUACAAAUACGAGGCCUGAGGUUUCUGAGGGCCUCGAUGACGCACCGGCGUCUAUUCAGGCGCUCUUCGGCAUCGAGAAUCCCGUUGAUCCUCCCGACCACUCGUUUUUCCCUCCGCAACUGCCUACAAAUUCGCCUUCUGUUGCGGUUUCAGCAGCACAAUCAGCAAUCCAGUCUGCUGCCGUCUCGCCUGGUGCUACGGCCAAACCAGGUUCUCACUUUGCCGCUCUGUCUGCUGCCACUGCUGCCGCAGUUGUCAGUGGGGCGGCAAGCGCGAUGGCUUCAGUUGAUGCUCGGUCGAGGGCCACCUCAGUGUCGAAUACCGGAGGCAUGUCUCUAGGCUGGCAGUUCCCUAGAAUGGGAUCUCAACCGGUCAUGCCCCAACCGCAGAAACUCCGAAGCCCUUCAUCUUCUGUUAGUACAGGGGUGCAGCAUCCAGGCUCGCCAACAAAUGGCCAGCAAACACCCGGCGGGCUUGGUUUAGUAACUUCUGGAGUUCCGCCUCUCGGCACCACUCCGGGAGCUAGCUUGGCAUCGCCCGCCUCUAACGUGAAUCCUUAUUUCCCCGUGCUCACACCGGGGAGCGUGAUAACGCCUGCAGCUCGCCAGCCAUCGUCAGGUAACCUCAGCAAAAUACCCCUGGACACACCAAAGUUCCCCCACACUCAGCAAUUACCCACCCGUGCGUUCAGAGCAUUGUCUAACGCAACAUCACCACAACCAGUCGCAGCAGCAGGGCCCUCGAUACCUGCCAUGCCCGCGCCGCCUAGAAGACGGUCGCCAUCUCCCAAACGAGGAUCACCUCCUCGUCGGCCAGCGCCUGCGAAGCCUUCACAAUCAAUGCACAUUCUUAUGCCGCCCCGAUCGCUUGCCGAGGGAUCAAACGCGUACGCAGCGGCCCACCAAGAGUUCCCAACUAUGCCAAAAGUAGACUUUGGUGUUCUGCUGGAUCAAACACAACCCAUGAUUGUCAAAGAACAAUUAGGGGCGCUUUUGGAAAAGUUUGGAGCCGCCCUAAAAGCCAUCGACGAGCGUGUUUAG